CUUCCUUUCUUCAAAAACGCGCUCAUAGGAUACAUUAAAAAAGAACACAGUCCUUGUGUGUGUGUGUGUGUGUCAACAAGACGAUCAACUUUUUUUUUUAAAACAAAAAAAAAAAAAAAAAAAUGACAUCAAUACUCGAUAAUCUUCCACCAUGGCCACAAUUGUUGUUUGUGCUUUCCAGACAGCUUUUAAAAUUAGACAUGGCCAAUUCCUUCUUGACUGUACCCGAAAGCGAAAGUUUUAUUCGGGCAUUGAGUUCGUUUGAAAGUUGGAAGACAUUUAUUAGCAGCAGCGAGCAUUUGACUACGUUUCGUGUACGAGCCAUGCUAUUCGAGCAAUUCGUUCCUUAUUUCUCCCACCAUCGACCUUGUUGUCGCUCACCGUUGGAUUUGGACGAAUUAUGUAGACAAGCUCAAGACUUACAAGACACUAAAUCGUCCCCCAUGCCAAUGUCACUGGCUCCUGAAGAAGAAUUUCCUUUGUCCAGUAACACCGAUCAUGUUCCUCUUUUGGAUAUAUACCAUACGUUGGAAUUUGAUAUGGCAGCCAUGAUUGAGCAGAGAAAGCUGGACGAAUAUCAAGCUCAGGAGGAAGUUCAUGAAGAGGACCCUGUCACACCUUUUACAAUCAUGGACGAAUCCGAUCAUUUCAGUUUAAAGUAUUUGUUGAAGGGAAUUUCAGAGAACCGAAAUAAGACUACAUUAUCAGACAGAGAACUGAGAAAUUUAUUGUUGGAUGUCAAACCACAUCGAUCCAAAUGGGCUAACGAUGAUAAAAUUGGUCAAGAAGAUCUAUACGAAGCUUGUGAGAAAGUCCUGACUGAUUUGAAGAAUUAUACUGAACAUUCGACACCAUUUUUAAGCAAAGUCAAUAAACGAGAAGCACCCGAUUAUUUCGAAGUGAUAAAGGAGCCAAUGGAUCUAGGCACAGUCUCUAAAAAGUUGAAGCAUUGCCAAUACAAAAACAAGAAGGAAUUUGGAAAUGACCUUUAUUUAAUUUACGAAAACUGUCUAACGUAUAAUACGAAUCCAGCCAGUGAAUAUCGAAAACAUGCCAUCGCCAUGAAGCGAAAGACAGAUCGCUUAUUAUCCCGUGUACCUGAGAUCAGUAUUAAAGACCGACCCGAGAAUGAUUUGGAUGAUUUGGAUGACAGCGAUGAAGAAGAAAUAAAACGAGGAUCUACACGCGAACGUUCCAUGACACACGAAUCAUUUGAAGAAUCCAGUCAGCAUCAUCAUCACCAUUACAGUGGCAAACAUCCUCAAAAAGGAACGCCUCUGAAGCCAUUGACAGAACUUGAUAAGGAACAUGAAGAGCUUCAUACGACGGAUGAAAUUGAUUCCGAUAUGGGUGAGCUACAGAAUAAAAUUUGGAGAGAAAUUACCAAAAAAACACGAGCGAAAUUGACGACAGAUGUUGAAAAGCAAUACCAAUUCGAAUUUGGAAACAGAAACGCUAUACAUCGUUCAUCAGUCGAUAUGGAAAGAUUUUCAAUGUUAGAGCACCUACAUCAUCAACCCGAAUGUACAAAAAAAUUGAUGAGAUGUAGCCGUACGGCCUUUUUAAGAUGGAUUGAUAGGCACGAAGGGUUUAGUGUCUAUGAUUCAUUUGAUUUAACUUCAGAAGAUGAGGAUGGGUUUGAUGGUGGGUUUUUUUUCGCCUCCACGAGAAAAUGUGAACGACCCCCAGCUACCGAUGAUGAUGAUGCGAUUAGAACAGACUUAUUUUUACCAGAGUAUAGCAUGGCUUCAGGUGUGCCAGAUAUUAUUGGAGCACCAGAAGAAUAUAUUCCAUAUGAUAAUUUAGAGGAUGAAGAGGAUGAUUCCUUACCUUCAAUGGAUAUAUAUCCUGUUACACGGCCAGACCCAAAUGGUCUAUUGGAGAUUAUGCAAACCAACAUCAAGAAGUUACAAACCAACCGAUACAUUUAUGAUAGAUGUAACUCUAUCCGAAAUAAUAUCCCUAUCUCCAACGAUACAUAUCCUACAUCUACACACGAUUCUCCGCCCAUCAUGGAUAUGGGUACACCUAUUCCAUCUGCCUCUCGUCAGACAACUCCUCCGCCCAUCAUGAUAAAUAAGGAAGCAAGUCAACAAAUGCUACAACGCAGCUUGUCUCAGAUCUUAGAGCAUGCAGGCUUUGAAAGUGCUCAAUCCUCUGCAUUCAAUGUAUUAACCGAUCUAAUGUCUGAAUAUUUUUCCAAUAUCGGAAAGACGGCAAGAAAAUAUUGGGAUCAACACGGGAAAGACAUGUCAGGAGAAGAGAUCUUGUUACAUACGCUCCAAGAAAAUAAUGUGGAUAGCAUUGAUGCAAUAGAUAACUAUGUAACCGAAGAUGUGAUGAAAUAUACGCAUCGACUGAACGACACACAUCGAAAAUUGGAAUCUACUUAUCAAGAUUUAGUUUCAAGCUCUGUUUUAGAAACUGCCAAUGAUGAAUCUAACUUAUUCAGAGACGAUGAAGCAUUUAUAACUGGUGUAUUUGGUGAGGAUUUAGGCGAAGACUUCUUUGGAUUUAAAGAACUGGGUCUAGAUCAAGAAUGCAAUAUGAGAUCAUUAGGUGUACCUUCCCGACUUUGGUUUGGCAAAGAUAAACCCAAACCAAUGAUCAACACAAAGCCUGAAACCAAAGUAAAAUAUACUGCGCCGCCAGCGUUUUUACCAAUCACUGACGCAACACCGCUUAUUGGACUUCUUAAAGCAUGGUACGAAACACGUAUGGAUAAGCCAGAAGACGAAUACGUUGUACAAAAACGUGGCAACCGAUCAAGGCAUCCACCUGUCAAUGUACGAUCUGCAUACAUCCAACAUCAGCAGUUACAAACAAUGAAACGACGAGUGUUGAAAGAUGGAUCCAAUACCAAUCAAGCCAAUGAAGAAGCCAAACGUAAGCGUAAGCGUGCCAUAGAGGAAUCGAAAGCACAGAAAAAGAAGCAGAAAUUAGAAAUCAAGGCACAAAAGCUAGCUGAGAAGGAACAGAAAAAGAAGCAGAGAGAGGAAGAAAAAUUAGCGAAGAAGAAGUCUACUCAUGUGUAAUAAUUGUAAAUAAUAAAAAAAAGUUAGGGGGUA